AUGGCGACGACGCGGACGACGACCGCGCGCGCGCGGGCGCGGGACGCGGACGUUGGUGGUGAGAUGUUCGAUGACGGCGACGCGCGGGAGGAUGAGACGUACGCCGCGGGGAGAUUGGCGGCGAUGGUGAACGCGUACGGCGACGCGGCGCUGACGUCGGCGAGCGGGACGUCGAUGGCGACGUACGUCCGAGACGGUGUCGCGGAGCUGAGUUGGCGAGGGAGGAUGAUGUUUAUGGAUCGCUUGAGCUCGCAAGGGAUCGAGAACGCGUGGACGAUCGCCGGGGAGGGCUACGAGCUCACGCGAAGGGAGCGCGCGGCGUUCGCCGGUUCGACGAGCGAGGAAGAUUUUCACGUCGUGAACGAAAUCAUAGGGGAUGGAAUCGAGGACGGGGAGGCGGUGGUGUUCGAGGGCAAGGUUGGAAGACUUCCUGGGUCGUUUUUGAAUCGUUUCUCCAAGGCAUUCUACGUCGAAGAGGACGACGAUCCGUUACGAAGCGAACCGGCGGUGAAACUCUUUGGCAGAGCGUCCAUUAAAAAGGGACCGCUCGACGCCCUGCUUCCGCUAUAUUUCGCCUCAAACGACAUCGGCGACGACGCGGUGUUCAUUCCAGGCACCGACGAACGCGCGGACGUUUCUCUGGAUUACCGAAACGUCCCCGUCUUACCCUCCAAACGACCCUCCGCCGCGCGCGCUGGCGGCGUCUCUUGGCCCGCGCCCAGGCUCGCCUUGUUCCCGUUCGACUCAUUGGUGGAUUACCUCCGUCCUCUGGCCCCGGGCGUGCUCGUCGGUCGCGGCUACAGAUUCACCACCGGUUCGUCCAAGAGAUUUCUCGACUUCAUUCUCGUCCGUCGCGACCGCGAAUGA